AUCUCUUAAUUGGCUUCAGUUAAAGUAAGAGGGAAUUCUGGAGGGGUUAAAGUUGGUUUUAUAUAUAUCUUCAUCCUCACCCCCCUUAUUCUUCUCUCUUCUUUCACCUCUUCUCCUCCCUUUUUCCAGUUUUUUAGGUCCACAGGAUUCUUGAUAUCUAUGAAGCUUUUCAAAGGGUUCUGCCUGAUACCAAGAUUUCCUUAGAGGAUCAUAUGGAAGAAUUUUAGCUGAGGUAAUAGUUUAGAAAAAGAAAGAAUCAAUUAUCUACCAAUAACCAAAAAAAAAAAAAAAGCAAUGAAUAAGAGUAGUCAUCAGUUGGGAUCCAUAAGCAGUUCUGAUCUAAUUGAUGCAAAGCUUGAAGAGCACCAAUUGUGUGGAUCUAAGCAGUGUCCUGGUUGUGGACACAAGCUUGAAGGAAAGCCGGACUGGGUAGGUCUACCAGCAGGAGUGAAGUUUGACCCAACAGAUCAAGAAUUGAUAGAACACCUUGAAGCAAAAGUAGUGUCUAAAGAAUCAAAAUCUCACCCUUUGAUUGAUGAGUUCAUUCCUACUAUUGAAGGAGAAGAUGGGAUUUGCUAUACACAUCCUGAGAAACUUCCAGGUGUUACAAGGGAUGGGCUAAGUAGGCAUUUCUUCCACAGACCAUCAAAAGCAUACACAACAGGAACAAGAAAAAGAAGGAAAAUCCAAACAGAAUGCCAAGACUUGCAAGCUGGGGGUGAAACCCGUUGGCACAAGACAGGCAAGACUAGGCCAGUAAUGGUGAAUGGGAAGCAAAGAGGGUGCAAGAAAAUUCUAGUUCUCUACACAAACUUUGGGAAGAACCGGAAACCGGAGAAGACAAACUGGGUAAUGCAUCAAUACCAUUUGGGACAACAUGAAGAAGAGAAAGAAGGUGAACUUGUGGUGUCAAAGAUAUUCUAUCAGACACAACCAAGGCAAUGUAAUUGGAGUAACACUACUAGCAGUGCUGGAGGUGGAGAUCAAGCAAACAGUGAUAAUGUUAAUAGCAGAAGGGAUAGUGGGAGCGGGAGUUGUUCUUCAUCAAAGGACAUCAAUAAUACUAAUAUCCCUUCUUCUCAUAGGGAUGAAUUGUCUGCUGCUGUUUGUGCUGCUAUGUCAACUUAUACUACUAUGGAUAAUAUUCAACAAUUCAAACCUGAACAUUUUAGCUUUCUCCCAUUUAGGAAAACCUUUGAUCAUGAGGCAGGCAUUGUAGUAGGUGAAGGUUCAAUUGCAAGGGAAGGUGGCCCGGCAGCAGCUGCAGCAGCGGACGAACGUGACAUGGGUGAGCCACAUGAUCCUCAGCUGCACCAACACCAACACCAACACCAACACCAACAGCAUCAUCUGGUUUCGACCACUGCGUUCCACAUUAGCAGGCCAACGCCGCCAAUAUCAGCCAUUUUAACUCCGCCUCCUCUCCAUAACACAUCCGUUAUUCUCGGUGAAGAUGCCUUCCAUGUUCCCAGAUCAAUAAUCCUUCCAAAUGACAACUUUCAGACAAUACAUGAUCACAAAUAUGAUUAUGUUCGAGUUGUUCUAAUUGAGUGUAUCAUCUUUCGGCAGCAACAGCAACAACAGCAGCAGCAACAACAUCAUAAACUAGGAGGAAGGUCUGCAUCUGAAUUGGAACAAUUAAUUAUGGGCUGCACUUCAACUGAUAUCAAAGGAGAGUCUUCCAUCGCAAACUCUCAAGAUGCUGACUGGUUGAAGUACUCACAUUUCUGGCCUGACCCUGACAACCCCGAUCAUCAUGGCUAGGAAAACUCCCAUAUACACGCAUAUCAUCAUAUUACUAUUUCAAGCCUUGUUGAAGUUUGCACAAAUAAGUCAACAAUUCAAAGAGGACCAAAACUAUAUACUACUAGUAUAUAUAUAUAUAGUUAUAUACUUUUUUUCUUUCAAUUCACUAUAUAUGAUCUUUUUCAACUGAAAGUUAAGGUACUGCAUGAGAUCUGAUAGCUCAACUGAACUCUAACACUACCAAUUCAACUAAUGUUGGAAAAGCAAAGAAAGAAGAAGAAAAAGAAGGAGACAAAGAAAGGCUGCUCUCCUGUGACAGAGGCAAACUCCAAAAGAGCCAAAGCGAAUGCAUCUGCAUGAAAAUCAUCACCACUAUGAUUACCAUGUUAUCUUUAUUUCAUCUUCUUAUUAUUUGUUUAUUUUUUUUUUUCUUAUAAAAUUUCUUUUGUUGUUGUUUUUGCCACAUGAAACACCCUAGGAAGAUUUAUGCAAAGUGCAUACCGAACUUUGUUAAUUGCGUCUAUGGACAGUCACUUUUUAGAGUAGAAUACUUUCUUUUUUGGGACACAAAAUAUUUCCCUUUAUAGAAAUGAAAUGUGAUAUUGAUUCUGUA